UGUUGGAUAAAUUAAGAUAAAUAAAAAGAAAUUUUCGGCAUAUUUCAAAUUAAUAAAUUAAUAAAAUAUGUUGCUAAGCAUACGAAAAAUAGCUGAGUAUUUUUAGAAAGGAAGUUAAUAGCCGCAGUAGCGUGCAUAGGCUGCCUGAAUUUGGUUAUAGUUCGCGUGGACUUCUUGAAGGGAGCAUAUGAAGAAGCCAUGGUGGGCAGCAGCGAGACCCUGAUAAAAAUACCAGCAAAUACCAAUGGGACAAGUACCAUGAGCAGUUACUUCCGUAACUUUCGUGUGUACAAACUAAUUUUAUUAAUACUAUUUAUGCUAGUACUACUGCCAUUAAUUGCACACCGCAAACUGCUAAAUCCCGAAAAUGAUGUACCUACAUCAGAUGCGCUGCGGCGUCGUCCCCUAUUGGAUGCGUAUGAGGAUUUCAGUUCAAUGCGUGCUAGUGAGCUUAAAAUGCGCAUUGAAGAAAUGUUAAGAAUAAAAAAUACAGUCUCGAUUGAAUUACGUGAACUUGAAUCUCGUCGGCAAAAAUUACAAUCCGACAUUGGCCAAUAUAAUCAAAAAAUUGAAGAUCUCAAACAGGAGCUGCUGCGUGAACAAACAGAACUGGAACGCUUGAAAAUAUCUGUAGAACAAGCGCAAGUUGCGCAACGUGAAGCUGUGCAGCGUAACACACCAGAUUUGGCACUACCGCGAACGCUUUAUCCGAAUGCAUUGCCACGUAAAAUGCCGCCUAUAAGUACAGCUAUCUCCCACAGUUGUGAAAUGCACAAUUGUUUCGAUCACUCACGUUGUAGUUUAACAUCAGGAUUUCCCGUCUACUUAUACGAUCCGGACAGUUAUAGUGUCUUGCGUUCUGGUUACGAUAUCGAUGGCUUUCUCAAAACAACCAUAAAACAAACACUUGGUUAUAACGCACACAUUGUGCGUGAUCCCAAGCUGGCUUGUAUAUAUUUAGUGUUAGUUGGGGAGGCACUUUUGGAAAAUAAUUUAAUAAAGAAUAAUCGCUACGCAGCUGAGGAAGAGGAACACAAGGCUAUUGUGUUACCACUGCCUGAAGCAAUUGAUAUGCAACGCUUGUAUCGUUUACCAUUCUGGGGUGGCGAUGGACGUAAUCAUGUGCUUUUGAAUUUAGCACGUCGCGAUCUCAACUCGAAAGGUACUAACGUAUUGUUGAAUCAGAAUACUAUGCGUGCCAUUGUUGUACAAUCCUCAUUCGAACUCUCACAAUUUCGUACCAAUUAUGAUUUAAUAGUACCGCCAAUAUUGGGACCACCUGGUGGCGAUGUCUGGCAAGAAUGUUCUACUAUGGUACCAGCUAGACGCAAAUAUUUGCUAACAUUUCAGGGUGAACUACGUCCGCUUGAUGUGGCAAUAAAAUCACAUCCUUUAGAUGAUUUUAUACUGGAACAUUUGACUGAUAUGUCUAAGGGUUCUACACAAGAUAAAUUCCUUUUACAGUUUCAAUGUGUGCCCGCAACUGAGCAAUUAGAUGAAAACUCUGUAGUAGAUUGGGCAUUAUGUGGCACAGAUUCUUCACGUAAGUCCAUUUUAAGAGAAUCUACUUUUGCGCUCGUUUUACCACCACUAGAGCAACGUGUUAGUUCUACUUUAAUGUUAGCGCGCUUAUAUGAAGCCUUACGCUCGGGUGCUAUACCUGUUAUAUUGGGUGCAGAUGAAAUACGACUUCCUUACGCCGAGACGAUAGACUGGCGGCGUGUUGCUAUACUCUUACCUAAAGCACGCAUCACUGAAUUACAUUUUCUCCUACGUGCAGUACAGGACAGUGAUUUAUUAUUGAUGCGCCGCCAUGGUCGCUUGAUAUGGGAACGCUAUCUUAGUUCAGUACAAGCAACCGUGGAUACUAUUAUAGCCAGCUUACGUGACCGUUUGGGCAUACCGCCAAGACCAGUGCCGCCGAUUGUUGCACAAAGUGUUUUCAAUAACACAUUUAUUCCAUUAAAAUCUGAUCCACCUGUUGGCAUGGAUACAGAACCUGAAGAAUCACUUGGUCCUAUUGAGCCACCAUAUCCUAGUCCAGCUUUUAGACGCAACUACACCAUACUACGCAUACAAUCUCGUGAAGCAUGGAACGAAUGGGCGGAUCCAUUUUAUAUGUAUCCACAAUUACCCUUCGAUCCAGUUUUACCAUCUGAAGCCAAAUUUCUUGGUUCACAUAUGGGAUUUCGACCAAUUGGUAAAGGCAGUGGUGGUGCUGGUAAAGAAUUCAGCGAAGCACUCGGUGGCAAUUAUCCACGCGAGCAAUUCACUAUUAUCAUAUUAACUUAUGAACGUGAACAGGUUUUGAUGGACUCUUUGGGCAGACUUUAUGGACUGCCAUAUCUGCAUAAAGUGGUUGUUGUAUGGAACUCACCAAAGCCACCAUUAGAUGAUUUACGUUGGCCAGAUAUUGGUGUACCAGUAGCUGUGGUACGUGCACCACGUAACUCGCUAAACAAUCGUUUCCUACCAUUCGAUGUUAUUGAAACCGAAGCCGUACUCUCAGUGGAUGAUGAUGCACAUCUCCGACAUGAUGAAAUACUAUUCGGUUUUCGCGUUUGGCGUGAACAUCGUGAUCGUGUAGUCGGUUUUCCGGGUCGCUUUCACGCUUGGGAUCUGAACACGAAUCAAAAUUGGAAUUAUAAUUCAAAUUAUAGCUGUGAGCUGAGCAUGGUGCUAACUGGUGCUGCAUUCAUACAUAAAUACUAUAUGUAUUUAUAUACUUAUCACUUACCUCAGGCUAUACGCGAUAAAGUCGAUGAAUAUAUGAAUUGCGAGGAUAUCGCAAUGAACUUUUUAGUUUCACACAUCACACGCCAACCACCUGUGAAAGUCACAUCACGUUGGACAUUCCGUUGCCCUGGUUGCCCAGUUUCGCUAAGCGAAGAUGAUACGCACUUUCAGGAGCGACACAAAUGUAUAAAUUUCUUUACACAGGUUUUUGGCUAUACUCCACUGCUGAGCACACAAUAUCGAGCUGAUUCAAUACUCUUUAAAACGCGAAUACCACACGACAAACAAAAAUGUUUCAAAUACAUAUAAUUUUUUUAUAUAUGUAAUAUAUCAUAUUUGUUUUGAUUUAGUAUAUAGUUUUUUAUACAUUUUUAUAUAUUGACUGCUAUCUAUGCUAAGUAGGAUAUACUAUAAAAUCGUUGCUUUCAAAUAGCUGGAGUUAGAGAGGGAAGUUUUUAGUGGCACACAACUUUCCCAAUGUAACCGAAAUAGAAUACGAGUAUAUAAUGAAAUAUGUAUAUUGUAUGUAAAGCAAUUUUAAUAUUAAUUAUUUUUGUACUUAGAGCACAUGUUCACGAGUUUAUAUAUAACACAUACAGGAAAGAUAAAUUUAUCUAUCACCUUACAUUAUAUAUAGAUAACCACAAAGUUUGUUACAUCCAAUAAUUAAGAAAGCACUAUAAUUUUUAUAUAUGUUAUGCAAAAUGUGUCAUAUUAGUUUAUAUAGCUUUAAUUUGUAUAGAAGAUUUAGUUAAGUUUAUUACCUAUGUUAUAUAAAUAAUAAUUUGUAUGUUAAUAUUUAAGUAGAAAAUACUAAAAAAAAAAUUAAAUAUAAUUGGGUAAAUAUUAAACAGAUAUAAUUCAUUGUUUUAGCUGUCCUAUAUACCAUUUAUUUUAAUUAUUACAUAUUAAAUAUUUACUACAUUAAUUUGUAUUUUACACUUUUAAAAUAUAUAAAUGUAUAUAUAUUACCUAACACACAAGAUCUACUUUGAUCGUAGAGCUCCGCUUAGUUGGCGAAUUAACUGUUAGAAAUCCUGUAAACGUCCAACCUAAUAUAUGUAUUAUGUCUAUAUAUAAUUGAAGUAUAUUUCUCUUUUAUAUACAUAGAUGACCACCCUAUUGGCACUGUGUGUAUAUACUGAAACUGUAGCAUACAUCAGGCAUACAUGUAGAUCCACUGACGUCGGAUUGAACAGUCCGUGAAAAAAAAAAUAAAAAGUUCUGUCUGAGAAAUAAAGCUUUAAGCAUUCCCUAAAUUCGCUAAAAUAUCUACUACAAAUUUUACAAAAAAGUAAAACUGUAUCUGGUAUCGCUAUGGACCAAAAGGUCUAUUAGUGGUUUGUAGUCAAACAGGUUAACCUAAUCUAUAUAUAUAGAUAUUUCAUAUAUGAAUAUAAUAUUAUAUACAUUUAUAUAUAUUUUGAAGAUCUAAAUUCUAAACAACGAUUAGGUCUAAUGUUGCGGUAAGAACGUUUAGCUGAUAAUUCCAAUAAAGCUUCAAAUGCAGGCCUAAAUCCUUAAAUAUAAAUUAUAAUUAAGUGUAUUUUAAUAUGAUUUUUUCUCCCUUUAUUAAUAACCUUUAACAAAUGUGUAUAUAAAUGUGAUGUGACUAUGAA